CGAGAAGCCGGUGUAUUGCUACGAUUCGAAUAGCGGUUGCAACGUGUUCGAUUGCGUGUAUGGAAAUUUGAAAUUCGAUUUCAUAAUCUGGAUUAUAGCUGUGGCAGGGACUGGAUUGUGAAUUGGAAGGGUCGAUUCGGAGCUUUGAAGCUUCAGGUGGUCGAUUUCUGAAGGAGUGACUGGACCAUGAGGCGACUUCAUAAUCAGCUUAUUUGAGCGCCACAGUCCUGGUGACUAUGCACAGCACGGAAAAUGGAUCGGAAUCCGGAGGGGAUCAAGCAUCGACCGCCAGAACGUCGUUGUCAGUAUCCGGAGCGACUCCAGUAUCUGUGUCCAGCACCCCCAACAGUCUAUCGGCGGGAGCAGGACUCAGAGAGUGCGCUGGUUGUGGGAAACGCAUCGUCGAAAGGUUCCUUCUCAAGGCCCUGGAUCUCUUCUGGCACGAGGACUGCCUCAAGUGCGGCUGCUGCGACUGCAGGCUGGGGGAGGUCGGGUCGACACUGUAUACCAAGGCGAACCUUAUACUCUGUAAAAGAGAUUACCUUAGAUUGUUUGGUACAACAGGAUAUUGUGCAGCUUGUAACAAAGUCAUCCCUGCCUUUGAGAUGGUAAUGAGGGCAAAAAAUAAUGUUUACCACUUAGAAUGUUUUGCAUGUCACCAAUGUAAUCACAGGUUCUGUGUUGGUGACAGGUUCUACCUUUGUGAAAAUAAAAUACUUUGUGAAUACGACUAUGAGGAAAGACUAGUUUUUGCGAAUAUGGCAUACAAUCCUAGCAGUUUAGCCCAUAUCAGAAGGCAAGUCAGUAACUUACAGCAGGCAGGAGACAACCUAACCGCAGUCGGUGAGGGUAGAAUUGUGAACAGCCCGUCCUGUUACAGCGAGAAGAAUUCGGACAUGGCGCCCCAAGGCCCACUGCGGCAGCCCAUUAGCGUAGUCAACCACCGGGACGACGGCUCCAGCGGGUACGGGAGUCCGGACUCGGAGACCUUCGAGACGCUGCCCCACCAGUGACGACAACCCAUCGCUGCCAGAGGCCGACCCACGCAGAAGAUGAAAAACCGCGGGAGGUUAAGCAGCUCUUAACAAACGAUUGCAGAUAGUUCAUCUAAAUUUUUAUAAGUUAUGAUACUUGUAAAUGCGAUGGUUGAUGAUAGCUGAUGUAUUUUUUGAAACGACAAAUAACUAAUUCAGUGUUGCCAACAUAUUCCAUUCAUUAAUAUGCAACACGCAACGCAACUUGAAACCUAUUUGCUUUUUCAGUUUAAUUUUGAUAAUUUUUUCUUAGUAUUUUGUAGUAUCUCCAUAGCAGUUCAAAUUAAAACUCUGGUUCCAAUAUUUUUCUAAUUGUAAAUUAAAUACAUAAUAGGUUUUAGUAUAUUGGUAUUUUUUUUUUGUACCAGUUGGUAUUUAUUGCUAAUCCAAAGUUGGCAACACUGAACUAAUUCGCAUAAAAAGAAACAAAAUUGAAACUUAUGAAGCCAUAGGGAUAAAUUAAAGAAAAACAACUUACUUAAUUAUCAAUUUAACGUUAAUGUGUAAUUGGUGACUCCAAAAUUAGAUGGUAUUCGAUGAAAUGUUUGUUUCUGAAUUUUAAAGCUACUUUGGCCAUUGUUUUUUUUUGUAAAAGAAUUAAACUUUCCUUGUUGUGAUAAUAUGGAACAAAUGCAGUAAAAAAUUGUGUUAAAUUUACCUAGUUUAAAACUUAAAAAGGCAUUGAAUAUUUCACUGAGAUAACUAAAAUUGUCAGUGCAACCAUAAGUGAAAUAGGUACGUGUACGUAUAUUUUGAGUAUUCAAAUCACUACUUCAGCUAUUUAUUGGUACGCAUAUUUAAUUAAAUUGUUGCUUGCUUAUACCUAGUGGUUUAAAAAAACGAAUUCCUUACUUUAACAAUUGGUAUUGCCACUAUCCAGGGUGAGUCAAUUUUUU